UGGUGUGGUAGAGCUUCCGGGUGUGAGAGGGACAGACUGUGUUUACAUCUGUACUAUCGUGUGUGGGUUCUACUGUACUCAAUACGGGUACAGCUGCUGACAACUGGAUGGAGACAAUUAAGGUCACGUGUUUCAUUCUUCUUCUCAAUAUUCAAGGUAUCAUUGCAAGCAAUUGUUCAGAUGCUGCAGCUCCACAAAACAUACCAUAUAUCCGGAUGUGUGAGGACGGCAGCGUGACGUCAGACAAAGUAAUACUGGACACACACAUGGCCGGGGAAUCAGGGGAGACAACUUGUUCGUGUAGUGUUGACUCUACAUCCAUCAUUACUAUAUACAUAGAAUAUUACGGUAAUGGAUUGAACCCAAAUACGUCCGGAUGUGGUAGUGAAGUUGUAGCUAUCGAGAAUAGAGUUGAACACAGAGAAGGACACUAUCAAUGUAAUACGUCUCCGUUGGUACCCAUUUAUAUAAGACCAGUGACUAUAACAUGGAAUGGGACACUUGGUGGGGAUUCAAAGUACUGUCUCAAUAUCACAGGAGUGCUGCUUCCAGCUUAUCCGAAUGCUACAUUCACGAUAACCUGUUAUAAGCCAGAGGCGACCUCUACUUCCUUACCCACCAGUAAAAGUACUACAACAGCAGCUGAAACGACAGAGCAAACUAAAAGUCGGACAAAGACUACAAUCAUCUCAGAGGCGACGGAUGUGUCUACCAGUGACCACGGAACAUCCAACGCAGGCCAAACAACAUCACAACCGACAUCAAGUAUUCCUGACGAUACAAGUACACAACGACUUGAGGAUAGCUUCCCUUUGAUCAUCGUGAUACCAGCUGCCGCGGGGGGUUUCGUUCUCAUCGUCAUCAUAAUUAUCAUCGUUGUCGUCUGUUGUAGAAAAAGUGGCAAGAAAGGAAGAGAAAGUUACAUAGACGAUACGAUUGACCCGUACGGAACUUCUCAUCCAAUGUCAAACGCUGCUGCAAACAACGAUGAUGACGAGGGAGAUGGCAUGAAAAACAACAUCCUCUACGAAACUUCCGGUGAUAUUCUACCAAAUGGAAACUAUUCUACUGUUCAAGUUCCCCAAUCAAAUUCACCGGAAGUUGAGUAUGCCAAGGAGAACCAGAAAAAUACGCCAAAAACAAACGAAGAAAGUAAUGAAAACAAAAUAGAGUUAUCGAACUUGAAUGGUACCGGAAAUGACGUGUAUGCUGUUGUGAAUAAACCAAAACAGGUCAAAAACGCCCAGGACUCCGCCACUGCGACAUAUACGACCAGUGAGGGUUUGGUAUACGUGAAAGUAGAAUCGGGGGGAUUGAAAAAUUCUGAACCGAAGCCAAUUACCUCUGACACCAGGCAAAGGAAUGAUGACAACAAUGACACAGAUAAUGUGGCUUAUGCUGACGUAGUUGUCACGUGAGGCAAUUCUAAGAGGAGGAACCAGAGACUUGUAUAUCAGGUAUAUACUUCUCUGGAGGAACUGAGCAUUAAAACAUACUAUCUUGAAUGAAUGGUAACGGUUGGUUCCGUGGCCCUCUGCUAGGUGGCCGAGGUUCGAUUCCCCGAUUAUACGUCAAAAGGUAUAUGUAUAUGGGAGUCAUCUACCAGACCACGUUAGGUUUUAUCUGGGUACUACGGGUUUUUCUACACUAAGACCCUUCAUGCGCUUACAUCCGGACCAAAAAUGGUAAUUAGGUCAUGAAGGUUCAUCUCUAUGGGCAUUUCAGCUGCGUAGUCCAAUCGAUAACUAUAGCUAUUGUGGAUGUGCGGUUGAGUGUACCGAAGAUAAUUGCAACGUCGAGCGUGGUCGGCUCUUGAAUGGGUGACCACUCCGUUGUACCCCUGUUGAAACUGUCAAGAUGAAAAUUUCAUGAUAAUGUUUUGAAUACUCUUAUCCCAUCAAAUGUACACAAUAUACAAUAUUUCUUAUAAUAACUAGAUUUUAUCUAACAAGCGUAUUAAUUCUAUCUUAAUUAUGGAGUAAACUUUUCAUGUUACACUUGUACAAUCAACUAGUUAGCGCAUAUGUAGCCAAAUAUUGAACGGAACGGAAAUAAAGACCGCAUAUAAAAGAGAGGUGUCAUUUUGAGCCAUUUCGUGACCACUCAUGCAGAGAUAAGAUUUUUUAUGGGAGGGUACUGUAAGGUCAGCUGCAUAUACUAGUAGUAUGUUAUCAAAAUCAGAUUAUUUUUGAGCUUAUGUAACUUUCAGGGGUCAAAGAUCAGAGGGAAAAAAAGAAAUGUUUGUUAUAUACGUGCCCCAAAGAAGUUUUGAAUAGCAUACCAUAUGCAGCUGACCUUAAAGUGUCUUCCAACAAAACAAUUAUGCUUAUUAUCGAGUGACCGCAGAAUGGCUUAAACGGCGAACACCUCCAAUACAUUAUUACUUUUAACAGAGGUAUAUUUGAUUUACCUGAUGGACAAAGAAUAGUGAUAAAAAUGUAUCGUUUACUGAUUAAUUAGGUCUUUUCGUCUAUAUAUAUAUUGUAUUAAAUUAUGAGAUAUGUUGCAUAUAUAUUAAAUAUACUUUUUAUGAGUUCAAUCAAAGUAGUGAGAGCCUGAAUGGGAUGAAAAGCAUAUGAACGCAUGACAUGACACUCAUUUAUUCAAAAUUGUAUUAAUCAAACUGAUGAAUUAAAGUUUGUAUAUAAAUAAUAAAGAA